UGACGUUUUUAUUAGGCCGGUUCUAUAUUGUAAUAUCACAAGAAAAUUAAUUGUGAUUGGUUAAUUUUCGUGUAACCUUGCAGUUAAUGUAGAACCAGCCUUAAACAAUGUGAAUAGUUUUUAUUAAUUUUCUCAUUUUGUUUUAAAUAUUUCGAGACAGAGAAAAGUGAAAACGAUACUUACAAAUUUGAAUCUUGGCUGAUCCAACUGUAUAGACCAAUCAGAUCACGAGUUACUAACGUUGCGAAUCCUAUUGCAGGAUUCACACCGCGUCCGAUGCCCGAUGUACGACAUCCGAUACCCAAUAAAAGAAUAGCUUCCCAAUGGAGAAUUGAAUUCUAUAUUAGAAAGUUGUUUUCCUAUUGGAUAUCGAAGUCGUACGUCGACAUCGGACGCGGUGUGAAUCCUGCAACUGUUUCGUACAUGUAAAUUUGCCUUGUUCAUAAUCUUUACCGCGCGCCGCUGAGAAUACUGUGCUACUGUUUUUAUUUAUAAGAAGAAUAUUUAUAAUUACGAUAAAAUAAUAAUCGCAUAAUUAAUAUCGUGACUUGGAUAAUUAUGGAUGAAGUUGACAACGCUCAAAUCAUUGUUAUAGCAGAUGAUGUUUGCAGAAGAGCAGGUAUCACAACAACUUGGAUUAACAGUAAUAGAUUUGGGAUACAUGCAUACAAACAUGUGAAUGAAUGUUCACAAGAUACCAAAAGUCAAUUUGCACCCUGUGAUGCCAGAGUACAUUUUCUAAGGCCAGAAGUAAUAUUAUUUUCACCUCUUUUACGUAAAUUGGUUAAUGAAAGCAAUGGAGUUUUCCUAUCGGUUCAAAAAGUCAAGUCUUCCUCUGGUGACAGAAGACCAGAACUUCUUAAAUACAGUAAACAAUACAGGUCUAUUUUGAGAGCUUGUGUGGAAAAUCUACAAGAUAUUCUACCCAAAGAACCAUUAUCAGAAGUAAAAAUUACUCUAGAAAAUUUUCUGACCAUAUUUUACCAAGUAGAAUGUAUCUGGCACUUGACAGAAAUUCUUUAUGUUGACACAGUACCAGGUGACGUUGUACUGCCACAGUUAUUAGAAUGGAUCAGUUUUCAUUUUCCCUCGAGAGAACUUGCGGCAUCAAAGAUUAUGUCACAGAAAACCGUCGGCGCCGAUUUAGAGAACUCAAAUUUCUGGGAAGUUGUAAUAGGCUGUGCAUUCCAUGGCAAAUUAAAUUCAGUUUGCCGUCUUCUAGCUAUGCACAGCAAAGCAGACCAUUCGGCAUUCAUUACUGCGGAUAAUAUCAUCAGAUGUAUGCCGGUGUACAACGUGUACGGUGGAUAUUCCGUGAAUGAGUUUAUUAUGCGAUGGAAACACUGGCAAAUGGAUCUCUGCUCCAAUCUAGAUUCAAAUUGCUUUGUUAUAGAUAGUAACUUGGAGAUGCUUAUGAAGUUGAUAGCAGGAGAUGAAUCGAUAUUGUGGGAAUUUUCUACGUAUACAGAAGCAUGGUACGAAUUAUUAGCGGCAAAAUUAUUCUAUUCGGCGCCUUGCUGCAAGCAGCAAGAACUUUCACGUUACGCGAACAAUAUCGCCGAGAGGUGGCAAGCAAACAGGCAUUUGGACCGCAUGAUUCUCGCUCUAAUGGAAAACGAUCUGCAUCAAGUCAUCAAGGAGAUACAAUACAUGAAUGAUAAUGGUUGGUUUGCGGCUCAUCUGAUGGAUCUCUUGUACAAGUGUGGGAAAUUGACUAUUCUGAAUAAGGAGAAGGUUAACAUGACCGAGAAGUUACACGAAUCCCUCGUAUUAGAGUACGGCACCACACUGAUGGGGCAUCGUUCGUUGUGGCAAUGCGGCACGAGUUAUUUAGUGCAUUGUCCCGUGCAAGGUAUGGCAAGGCUAGAGAUUUUGUUACAGUCUUUACCGACCGGCGCGGAAGCGAGAAUCAACAAGAUCAUUGACAUCGCGCAAGACAACAACAUGCCCCACGUUGUUACCAGCAUAUGCAAGAUUCAGGGAAUGAAGAGUAUAAGGCAAGGCAGACUAGGCAAUGCUCUCACUUGGGCGCUCAAAGCACAUGAUGGCAAUUUCACUACAUAUAUCGCGGAUGAAUUUCUCAAACAUUACGCAGAACAUGGAAAAUUGGAGUGUCGGGAUCUGCUGGAGAACUUGGGCUCUUGCAUGCUCGCUAGCGAUAGACUCACGUUUUUAGGGAAAUACUGCGAGUUUCAUCAGAUGUACGGAAUCGGCGAGUUUCGAGAAGCAGCGAGUUUAUUAGUAUCCCUUUUGGUCUCAAAUCUGACGCCAAAAUAUUUUUGGUCUAUUCUUCUGACGGAUGCUAUACCACUGUUGGAAGCCAAAGAUGUGAUCUUCUCCUCUAACGACUGCUACGAGUUGCUACGUUGCGUGGAAGCUCACGGCGACGAUCCCAAAUUUCAAGACAAGAUCUCAAUCUUCCGAUUAGGCAUCGCACGGAAUCUGGCGCGAGCUCUCAGCUUAGAAGGUUGCCAGGCUGAGCACUAAUAUUGUUCAUCAUUGUUCUAACUUUUACUUUCCACUAUAUAGAGCAACAUUAAUAUCUUUUUCUGAAUAAAUAAAAUUGUUAAGACUGUUAAGACCAGUUUAUAUACAAAAAAUGGCAGUAACAAUGUUAAUGGCAAAAAGCUAAUAACAAAAAUGUUUUUAGCAAAACUAUGUUCUCUGGAAAAUGACUUAAUGAUUAUAAAAAAAUAUGCUUUUAACUAUAUAAAUGUUAUAAUAAUGUGGAAAAUAAAUGUUACUGACAAAAUUAGAAGAA